UCGUCGAGUGUUUACCGGGAGACUUGUGGAAAAUCUCAGAUGAUUCUGGCAAGACUCUGACACUCAGGGAGCCUACAAGGUCCACCACACAACGCGACUGGGAACGCUUUGAGUUCUAUGCUCGGCGUGUCCGAGUAUUACAUUAUGGCCCGAAGAGAAUCCGAAGGAAGUCUCGCGUCCUCUCGGAGCAAAUCUUUUGCUGGCUUUUCUCAUCAAGACCAUCCCAUCAUUUGUUUCCCAAGCUAUCCUUCCUCGGGUGGUCGGAGAACAUGCCGUUCGAGCAUCACGAGUCUGUGCAUAUGUUAUUUGGCCCGCAGCUCUCCACAUUGCACAUGGGUGUAUGGUCGUCCGAUUUCGCCGCAUCACAGGCUGUUCCUCAAGUGCUGGUGCACCUUCCUUUUCGUUCGCCCGACAUACAUGAACUCACCAUCCACAUGUAUGCCAACGGCGGCCCUGAUGAUCAACGUCUUCCGUCCAAAGUCUUCGCGUCGUUAAUACGACUGAAGUCGCUCACAUUGCUGUCGACCCUACCUCUGGAGCCUGACGUCUUCACCGCGUUAUCAGCACUACCACAUCUCACGGAGGCGAAGAUCACUAUUCACUCUGGCGACGAAGACGCAUGCGGUCUACUUGGAGCAGACCAUGCUGCUGCCCCGAGCUUUAUCUUCCGUGCUCUGGAGAGUUUGACCCUGACGUUCUCAUUGAUGAGCGACAUAAACACAAUCUUGUCGGCCUGUAGCCUUCCCCAACUGCGGCGACUAUCCCUGACGUCGCUCUAUGGCUCCGACUCUAGUAUGUUCGAUCGCACACUUCAACUGAUCCGUGACCACUGCUCGCAUGCUAUGCUGGAGGUCAUCGAGCUACGCACCACCAUUGACCUAUUUCCGUCAAUGGAGUUCGAGGAGGUACCGGAACCUGACACCAUCACUGCGGCGUCCUUGGGUCAUCUCUUCGCCUUCCACCGUAUCCGCGAACUCGAGCUUCUCACUGAGAUGUAUAUCGCCCUCGACGAUGACGACCUAAAGGAGAUGGCCAUGUCGUGGCCCCGUCUGAAAUCCCUGCAGCUGCAAAGCGUGGCCGAGGAAGAGCCCGGGAUGUCUGUGACGCUGGAGGGCUUAGCGCAUCUCGCUAGGUACUGCCCGGCGAUGAACUGGCUCGCAAUCGACGUGGACACCACUGGGACCUUUGUCUCACCUGACGCGAGGCCUGGUGGCGGUUACUGUAACCAAGUCCUCCAAGCCGUUGACUUCCAGCGGUCGCACGCGUCGGAUUGCCCUGCAGAAAUUGGGGCCUUCUUAUACGCGAUUUUCCCCAAACUCCAGUGGAUCAACUCACAUGACGAUACUCCGGGCGAAGAUUCUUGGAAGCCCGUAGAGGACAUGCUUGGUGCUCUGCGGAAGAUGUCUCAGUGGCCAAGGAACACCGUACUACCGCGGAAAGCCUGAUUGGCAUAUGUGGAAUUUUGGAAAGCGCUUGCAUUUGCGCCCAUGUGUACUUUCUUCAUUGCAUAAUUUUUGAAACGUUGGAACAUUGAGAAAACCCUCCUUUCUCCUCUCCUCCUCCUCCGUCUCUCAGUUUAAAGAAUCUUAGCCGUACCUUGUGGCGUCACGCGCAGAACCGCACUUACGGCAGUCUCCGCUGAGCGCUCCCGAGCGGCAACACGUUGUCCGUGACACCACGAGUUCCGAUCAGGCUACACAGUAACGCAGAACCAGUUCCCUCCCUCC